CUCCUCUAGUUUCCCAGAUUAACUAACUAACCUACCCAUCAGCAGACCGAGUCCACACAGGAGACAUGGGACUGCGGAGUCACCGAGGGGGGGAACUCUUCUCAGCGACCCACCACAGCAGUUCUGACCGUCCUGGAAAAGAAGCCUCCAUCUUUUCUUCACCUGCUUUUUAUACUUUUUCACAUUUGGCCAAAGGACCGGAAGAGAGAGAGAGCAGACGUUAAAUGACAUCCGUGUGUUUCUGAUACCUGAGGCAAAUUAAAGUGCCACACCUUCACUUAGGACGACAGUGCUACAACACAUCUGGCCAAAUGGGGUGCCAAUGCUGUCGGAUGGUAAAAAGCUACAUCUAUGACCCCUCAGCCCCGGCGGACGUGCAGAAAGCUGACUCUGCGGGCAGCUCCCUCUACCAGCACCACACGGGCGGAGACCCCAACUGCUACCCACAGGGUGGCCACAACAAGCAGAAGCAGGGCUUCCACAACUUGGGCUUCAGCAGGUCCAAUGACAGCACACUCAAACUAGAGUUCGACAACAACCAGGUCAACCAGAGGCUGCAUUCUGCACCGUCACUUGCAAAGGAGCUGCACCAGCAGGCGAGCGCACCUCCCGUAGAUGAGGGGCUGUACAUCAUCCAGCCGGAGGCUGUAAGACCACGAUGGAUGGACAUAGAUCCAAGCCAGGUACCUAUUUACCCAAACGUGCUGCAGUACGAGAACCACAGUAGCUACAGCGAGCAGGAGCACGAAGUUACAACGAAUGGGUGGGACAGCUCCAUCACCAUCUGCAACAUCCCAGGUAAGAGCCCAUCAGUGGAGGAGAUCGAUGAAGGCGUUGGAGGGACACCAGAGCACCUGUGGGACACUGGGGAUGAGGGGAGCAUCUUGUCUGUGGACAUCCACACCAGCACCACCAGCUUGUCCUCAGGCGGCACGAGGGACGAGCUCACGCUGUCAAAGACUCCGGACAUUUUCACCGUGGAGAGCAGGAUCUCGGUGACAAAGAGCGAGGAUGGCGAGGAGGUGAGGAAGGGCCAGACGGAGGUGCAGAGCGUCACAGACUCGAUGGUGGCGGAGGCUCUUGCUGCUUUGGAGGCCGCCACCGCCGGGGAGGAUUCCGACUGAAAAAUCCCACAAAAAGUAAUCAGAACGAAUCCUGACAGAGCAAUCAGGACCGCCAUGAAACUUUGCCAAAGUUCUGAACAAUGAAACACGCAACAAAUGAAGGAAAGCUCUGUUUGCAGUAAAAAACGGAUUCAUUUUAAAGCUGUGGACAAUUUUUACUGUGACAAAGCAGAACAUCUGCCUCGUGAAGAAGGCUUCAUGUUUCAAAGCUGCAACUAAAGAGACUCGUGUCUGGACUGGACACUGCCUGCAGCUGGAUCAGGGUGCACCUAACACUCCACGCUCCUAAUAGGCUGGAGCCGCUCAGACAUGCCUUUGACAUCAACGGGAUAUUUUAAUUAUAAAACAUAAUCCUUUCAUAACGAGUCAACACAAUCCCUGCUUCCAACCUCUUUCAGAAUCCCUCCAUUUAAAGUGCCAUGCAACUAUUCAAACAUCUUCAGACAACCACAAACCUCAGUGUCUUUUAUUCAUAUUUGGUGUGACCGAUCGAGACAAAGUAGUUGUGAACAAGAAAAAUACUAAAUGCUUUUUUUUCUACAAAUAUCUGAAAAGUGUGAAAUGUCCCCUGAGUCAGAACCACCACAUUCUACUUUGUAAAAUAGCCCAGAUUGGAUGGGGAGAGACAGCCAAUAUAAGUUUUCAUGUCUUGCUCCCAAUUCUCAGUUGGGUUUAGGUCCUUACUUUGACUAGGCCGUUGUUACACACGAUUCUUUGAUCUAACCCAUUGUAUUAUAGCUCAGUCUGUAGGUUUAUGGGUUUUAAGGAGGAGGAACCUAGCUUCCUAUCAGCUCUGACCAGCUUCCCCGUCUCUGCUGACAAAAACCAUCCCCACAGCCUGAUGCUGCCACCACCAUGUUCUACCAAAAAGUAACAUUUUUGAUCUAAUUUUGUUUUCCUUUUCUUUUUUCCCGUCCAUUUGACCAAAGCACUUUCUAUAAUAUAUUUGCUGGAGUUUAUUUAGGGGUAUGAGAGUGAAGGUGGUGGAUAUAAAUAUAUGCCAUAUUUUUUUUUUUUUUUUUUGAUGAUGAUUUGGAAACCUUUUAGCGGUGUCCUUCUACUUCAUGAUCCUACGCUGCUUUGUGGUGGUCUAACAUAAAAUAUCAAUAAAAGACAUGGAGGUUAGUGAUUGUAACGUGACAAAAUGGAACGAUUUUCAAAGGGAAGGAUCCUUUUGUUGGCCUCUGCAGCCAAGAGAGAAGGAAAGGUCAUGACAUUUCUUUUUACAGAUUAUUUAUCUUUAGUGUAACUGUAUUGCGUUUGGUGUCGUCACCUUUAAUCUCAUGUAGGAACUGGAAGUUAUUAAUGACCAGAGAAGAGCAGAGGCAUUCAUUUAGUCCUUAUUUAUAGCUUUCUUCUUUCACUAAUUUCACAUUAACACAAAGAAUAUAGAAUCGACCUGCAGUUAAUAAACAAAAGCAAUGAACACAAGGGUUUUAUAUCAGCAGUUUCCAUGCACAUAAUUAAUGUUAAAUUUUUUAAUUCUGAGAAAUAAGUCUUCUUUCUGCCUUAAUUUCUGAACUUUUCCAUCCAAGGUUAUCAAGCCAAGCAAAGGUCAGUUAUUCUCAGUGCAAACUUAACCAAACAAACGCCAUACAUUCAACCUGCUAACUUCUUGUUUUCGGUUUCAAAGGUCAAGCUUUAAAUUUGUAGCCCAGCCUGCGACAUCCGUUCUGCUCGUACCUAAAAAGGAACUAAUUAAGGCUGGCUGAAUGCUGAAGAAGUAAUCCAGAUGAAAGGAAAUGUCUUGCUCAGCAAAUUUUAUUUUAUGUUUCACAGAGAAUACCCAUUUCAAUCGUUUGCCUGCCAAAUCAUUUCUCCUUAUUGCAUUUGUACCUUUAAAUAAAUUAAAGUGUAAUAAAGGCUGUGUGAAAUAA